CUGAGACCCUGCAAAUCGUCCAAAGUACCAUUGCUAAGCAAUUGUCAAUUGAAGUGAGCUCAGUCACUCCUGCAACCAAGUUUGCUGACAUGGGUGGCGACUCUCUUCACACGGUAGAUUUUGUUUCAUUCUGUUUAAAUUUGGAAAGAAUAGAAGUUGACCUUGCAUCAGCAAAAUAUCAGCAGGUAGAGAUAAUGAUGGCUUUGGAAGAGCAGUUUGGGGUGUCCAUUGGAGAAGGUGGAGCUGAGGACAUUGCCACUGUUCAAGAUGCUGCCGACCUCAUCGAGAAAGUGAAGGCGGAGGAGGCCUAACUGCCUAAGCCAACAUACCGCACACCGCAGCAGCAUAUAUCCAUUCACAUUGCAAUUUAGAGUCAUGAAAUUUUCCCCUCCUUUAAGAAUCAUUUCAACAAGGUGGUAAUUUUUGUUUCAGAGUUUUCUCUGAACUAAUGUCAUGCUCUUUUUCUAUCUACUGCAAGCAAGAAAAAGAAACAAUAAAACCCAAAAAGAAAAGCCCAUCAAUUGUCUUUGAGAUCUUAUAUACCUUCUGGGCAACAUCUCAAUUUUCAAUACAGCAAAAUUGCUACA